GAGAAAAGUUUUAUAUUCUCAUUCCAAAAACAAACAGAAUAAAAAGGAGAAAACAGGGGGAACAAAGAAAACGUACGCCAAACGGAUUCCUAGGGUCCAGCCAAUUUCCAUUUCGAAUUUGAGCCUUCUUCCUCUUCUCUCUCAUCUCUGUGCGAUAAUCGCGUGAAGAGGAGAGAGAGAGAGACAACAGCCAUUGGAGAUGGUGUUCUACUUCAAGGCCCGACCCGAAGCUGGGGAUUACACUAUUUUCAUGGGUCUUGAUAAGUUCGAGAAUGAAGAACUCAUCAAAUACGGCUUUCCCGAAGACAUUUGGUUCCAUGUGGACAAAAUGUCUUCUGCCCAUGUCUAUGUGAGAUUGCAUAGAGGUCAGACAAUGGAAGCCAUAUCUGAAGGUCUGUUGGAGGACUGUGCUCAGCUUGUGAAAGCAAAUUCAAUCCAAGGCAACAAAGUGAAUAACAUUGAUGUUGUUUACACUCCCUGGGCCAAUCUGAAGAAAACUGCUUCUAUGGAUGUAGGGCAAGUUGGUUUUCACAACUCAAAAAUGGUCCGCACUGUUCGAGUAGAAAAGAGAAUAAAUGAGGUUGUUAAUAGGCUGAACCGAACAAAGGUGGAAAGGACACCAGAUUUUAAAGCUGAACGUGAAGCAUAUGCUGCUGCUGAAAAGGCAGAAAGAAAAGCUCAGCAGAGAGAAAAGAAACGCCGCGAGGAAAUGGAUAGGCUUGAGAAAGAGAGGGUGUCAGAAAUGCGAAGCUACAAGAAUUUGAUGGUUUCUGACAAGAUGACAUCUAACAAACAGAUAGCUUCAGCUGAGAAAUCCUUGCAAGAGCUGGAAGAGGAUUUCAUGUGAAGUGAACCAUAAUUACACUGUUCUAUGGCGGCAAAGUUCUAUCUUAUGACUGACUUGUGAGCUUGUACACAAAUGUCACUUGCAACUGGGGUAUGUCUUGAUUGUGUGGGUUUGUUGAAUCACAUCUACCAUUGUCUGUUGAAGACUCCUAAUCAUGUAACUUUACAAUGACGAUCAUGAACAAAAGCUGCAUUGUAUAGGGGGAUAUAAAGGUUGAUGCUUGUACUUGUACUUGUACUUUGAGUCUCAUCAUGCUUUCACCCUUGUUCAUAACGGCAGAAAUUCGUUGUUAAAAGAUUAUGUGUGAUGGAUUUGAUUUCGGUUUGUGGUUUA